AUGAAGUUCGCUGGACUUUUCGCUGCCGCCACGGCCCUCCUUCCUACUGCUCUUGCAUGCAACGGCUACACUGGUGGUGUCCCUAAGGCUGUUGGUACUAAGACCAACAGCAAGGUCAUCGAGGUCGCUGCUGGCCAGACCUAUGAUGGUCAGUGGUACCGAUUUGAUCGCGGUAGCGGCGCUUGCUCUGGUCAGUCUGAGGGAGGUGCUGCCGACGCCGUCUUCCUACUCAAGGAGGGUGCUACCCUUCGUAAUGUGAUCAUUGGCAAGAACCAGGCCGAAGGUGUACACUGCCAGGGUCACUGCACUCUCGAGUUCGUCUGGUUCGAGGAUGUCUGCGAGGACGCUAUCUCUAUCAAAGAGGACAAGGCUGGAAAGCAGUCCUGGAUCAUUGGUGGCGGUGCUUACCACGCCUCAGACAAGGUCGUCCAGCACAAUGGCUGCGGAACUGUCAACAUCAUCAACUUCUACGUCAAUGAUUACGGCAAGCUCUACCGCUCCUGCGGAAACUGCUCCAAGCAAUGCGCCCGUAACGUUUACAUCGAGGGCGUCACCGCUGUCAACGGUGGCGAGCUCGCUGGUAUCAACAGCAACUACAAGGACACUGCCACACUCAAGAACGUCUGUUCUGAUGCGAAGACCAAGUGCCAGAUGUACACUGGCUGCGCUGGUGGCUGCGAGCCCAAGAAGGCUGGUACCUGCUCUGGUUAA